AUGGACGAACUGCCUCCCUUGCCAUUGUCCUCAGGGGCUGGGUUUGCAACCGUCGCUCCCCAGAAUGCAAUCCUCGACUUCUUUUUCCCGGGGAUUUCUGUCCUCUCUACCGCCGUGGAAAAGUAUCUCCAUAUCGACUUGAACAUCUAUAUCCCCUUGGUCAUGCUCCUCGGCGGCCUGGUCUUUGUCUGGCGUUAUUUCAGCGACUACGUCUGGGACAUCGUCCAGUCGUACCUCAUGUCGGUGGUCGACAUUCGCGUAGACGACGAGAUCUACAACAUGGUGAUGGCCUGGGUGUCCAAGCAACGCUUUUCCCAGGGCGCCCGCCGUUUCGUGGUUAACACCAACCUGAACUCACGAUCGUGGUACUUGUGGAGAUACAGAGAAGAUGAGGACGACGACGAUGAGGAAGGCGCCAACGAAAGCGGCGGCCAAGCCAGCUGGGAAAAGAAGAAGAAACGGGCGCUCGCCUAUACCCCGACAUUUGGGAGCCAUUGGUUCUGGUACAAGGGCCGCCUCCUCAUGUUCCGGCGGACGCAAAACACCCAGGCCGCCGCCUUCAUGACGGCCAGCGAACGCGAGGAGAUUUCCAUCUCUUGCUUUGGGCGGGACCCCUGGGUGCUGAAGGAGCUUCUACACGAGGCCCGGCAGGAAUACAUGAAGCACGAUGAAAACAAGACCAUCAUCUACCGCGGCACUACCAAGAGUGGCUCGACUGAGCCCGUCUGGCAGCGCUGUAUGGCGAGGACGAGCCGUCCGUUUUCGACCGUCAUUCUCAACGAGAAGGUCAAGAAGGACCUGAUCGACGACGUGACCGACUACCUCGACCCGGCGACCCGGCGCUGGUACUCAAACCGCGGCAUCCCCUAUCGCCGCGGCUACCUGCUGUUUGGCCCGCCGGGAACCGGCAAAUCCUCCAUCAGUCUGGCGUUGGCGGGCUUCUUCAAAAUGCGCAUCUACAUUGUCAGUCUAAGCUCAGUUACAUCCAGCGAGGAGAACCUGGCCUCGCUCUUUUCAGAGCUGCCUCGGCGGUGUGUCGUCCUUCUGGAGGACAUUGACACGGCUGGUUUGACGCAUACGCGAGAAGACGGGAAUCAGGUGCCCAACAGCGACGUGGCGCCCAACAACACAGCCACGCCUAGCAAAUCUCGCGGGCAGGGGAACGGCAACAACAACAACAACAACACCAACAACAAUCAACCUAUUGGCCGUCUCUCUCUGUCUGGACUGCUGAACAUUCUCGACGGCGUCGCUUCGCAGGAGGGCCGUGUGCUCAUCAUGACGACAAACCACCUUGAGAAGCUUGACAAGGCCCUCAUUCGGCCAGGCAGAGUCGACAUGAUUGUCAAGUUUGACCUCGCCGACGCAGAAAUGACCGCUGCCAUCUUCCGAGCGAUCUAUGCGCCCCUGGAGGGAGACAAAGUCCGCGCAUUCCCGUCUCCCGCUGCCACCACAUCCUCUCCUGGUACCUCGAGAGCGCUUUUCAAAUCGCGAGCCGGCUUGCCCACCGCCGAGGAGGAGAAAGCCCGCGAGGCGGAAGCAGCCGAGGCAGUUAGGAGAAAGGAGGAGGCCAUCGCCAAGGUGGACAUCCUUUCCAAGGAGUUUGCCUCAAAGAUUCCUGCUCGUGAGUUCUCGCCUGCUGAAAUUCAGGGGUUCUUGCUCAAGCAUAAGCGGAACCCCGAAAAAGCAGUCGAGGGCGCGGAGAUUUGGGUUGCUGACACGCGAAGGGAAAAGAAGAAGGAGCAAGAGCUAAAGGAAGCUCAGGCGAAGAGAGAAGAGGAGGAGAGCAUGAAAAAAGCGCAAGAGGAGGAGGGGGAAGGGAAGAAGAAGAAGAAAAAGAAGGGGAAGAAGGAGAGGCGCUCAAAUCGGAAGACUUCUUCGACGAAGUCCAAAUCCAGAAAGAAGGAUGAAAGCGGAAGUGAGGAGUCGAGCUCGGAUGGAGAGUCGUCUUCCGAAGCGGAGAGUAGUGAGUCCGAAUCGGAGCGAGAGGCGGCUGCCACGAAGAAGCGGAGCAGAAGCGCAGCCGCCGUGGCCGAAGAGAAGACGACUGCGCCGGCGCCUGCUCCUGCAGCCGAGGCCGAGCCGGUGGUGGUGGUGGUCCAUCCUCCUCCCACUUUCACGGUUGACACGGACAAGGCCAACGGAGCCAGUCUCGACGCGCAGAAGAACACAACGCCUCGGGAGGCGGAUUCAGGCUAUGGCACACCGUGA